AUAUAAAUGUCAAUGUGAAAUAAAAAGUGUCAAUUAAUUAAAAGAAAAAAUUAAUAUUCAAGAUAAAUCAAAAUUUAAAGUCUUAUUUGGGAGCUAACUAGUUAUGGUUUUAAAACUAUUUUUCUGUGCGAUUAGUCCACCUUGUAGGGCUGUCAAAUUGGCGCUAAACGCGCUACACCUUAACGUUCAAUACGAAGACGUGGACAUUUUGACCAGAAAGUACUUGCAAACGCAAUUACCAAAGAUAAAUCCUCAACACACGGUGCCGACUUUAGUUGAUGGGGACUCAAUAAUUUGGGAUAGCCACGCUAUCAACAUUUACUUAGUACAAAAAUAUGCCCCGGAUUAUUCUUUAUACCCAGCGGAUCCGUAUCAAAGAGCAAUCAUUAAUCAACGAUUGCAUUUUGAUAGCGGAUUAAUGUAUCCUUGCAUAUACAACUCGGUCGUUUCAAUAUUAUUCAAGCAAAUGAGAAAUUUGAAUCAACAUCAAUUGAUAGCCGUCAAACAAAUUUAUGCGUUUGCCGAAAAGUUUUUAACUCAGAACGAAUGGAUAGCUGGAGAUAAAUUAACCGUAGCCGAUUUUAGUUGCAUGUCUUCGCUGAGUACUUUAGAUUACAUAUUUCCUGUAUCAUCAAAAACCACACCAAAAUUGAUGAGGUAUUUAGAGCGAAGUCAAGAUUUACCCUAUUACGAACUUGCGAACCAAGAGGGUUUAAAUCAACUUGGAAAAUUAAUGCAGGAAAAGGUUUUAAAAGCUUCUAAAAAUAUAACGAUGAAUAUUGGGAAUUAAAGUGUAUCAACAACAUUGUUUUUAUAAAAGUUUAAAAGAAACAAAGCUUUAUUAUUACUAUUUAACAGUAUAAAUUCUUUUGGAAAUCACUUGUUUAAGUAAAUAGUAAUUCGAUCAAAUAGCAAUUCGUUAUCACACAAUAUUGACAAAUAAAAACAUGUUACAAUAAA